AUGGCGACCUUGGGGACCUGGGGGACGGGCAGCUUCCUCUGCGUGCCCGGCAGAGGCGGCGGGGGAGGCCGCGAGAUAGGUGGAGUGGGUGAGCGUGGCGUGACUGGAGGUGUCGGUCUGGGGCUCCAUGGGGGCCAGGGCAGGCGUGUGGCCGAGGGAGAGCUGCCGGAUGGACGGGAGCUGCAGGUCAGGCGAGGCGUAGGAGAAGGGCCGCAGCCGGGGCGAGUGAGCGGGCGUGGCCAGGGGGGUGUGGUCUGGCGUGGGCGAGAGAGAGGAGUGGCUGAGGGUGGGCGAGGACGGGGCCGUGGAGUUGGGGGAGGAGGGCCUCGACCUCUUGGAGCGGUAGGAGUAGUGGUUGUGGUGGUGCUCCUCGUCCGAGUGCGACCUGGUCAUGGAGGCGGAGUGGGAGUGGGAGAUGGCGUAGGCGGAGAGAGAGGGCAGCCGCGGCGCGGUGGAGGAGGAGGAGGAGAGCGGCUGCUGGUAGGACGCACGAUGGUGUCUGUACGUCGAGGGGGCGAGCUGGUGGUCUCUCUCGACCUGGCUGGCGGCCGUGGCCAGCAUGUUGAUGUCCAUAGUAGAAGAAGUGGUGGUGGUGGAGGCGGUGGCGGGCCUGGCGUAGGGGUUGAGGGUGCUGGGCAGGUGGGAGGCGUAGGGGACGGCGUAGGAGUGAGGCGGCGAGACGUUGGGCGAGACGGCCUGGCUGACGGGCGCAGACCUGACCUUGCCCUCGACCUGGUGGUGGUGGUGGUGGUGAUGGUGCUUGCCGGGCUUCCUGGGGUUGUUGUGUAUGCGCGAGUGGCGGGUGAGCUCGUCUGA